AUGGCUGCAGCAGACAAGAAGCUCGUUUUUAUCACCGGUGGAAACCAAGGUGUGGGCUACGAGACGGCUAAGAAUUUGCUGCUCUCCUCUGCCGAUUACCAUGUGAUUCUCGGAAGUCGCGAUUCGACCAAGGGCGACAAGGCUGCGAUGGAUUUGCUGUCCACUUCUGGAGUCAAAAGCACCGCUUCUUUCGUGCAGAUAGACGUAACAGACGACGCUUCCAUCAACGCAGCGGCGAGCAAAGUCGAGUCCGAAUACGGGCGUCUCGAUAUCCUCGUCAACAAUGCUGGCAUCAUAUCGAUGGCCAGCCCGCCUACCACUGCCGCAUUUCGAAGAGUGCUGGAUACGAACGUUGUUGGGGCUCUAGGCGUGACCGAGGCGUUCUUGCCUCUCCUCAAGAAGACUGCGCACACGCCCCCACGUCUUGUGUUCGUCAGCUCCAGCAUGGGAUCCAUCACUCACGCCGCCGACCCCUCUUCUCCUUAUUACAACCCGCACGGCACAGAAUACCGAGUCAGCAAGGCCGCAGUCAAUAUGCUAUUGAGCAUGUACGCUGCUCGCCUGAAGCCUGACGGAUUCCUUGUGCUCGGUGCCGAUCCGGGAUUGUGCGCUACCAACUUUACUGGCGAUCCCACCUCUUUGAAGAAUAGAGGUGCCGCGGAGCCGUCUGAUGGUGGCGAACGCGUUGCUACUGUAAUCAGAGGCGACAAGGAAGAAAAUGCCGGUCGUGUGGUUGGAGUUUAUGGAGUGUGUCCCUGGUAA